GGGCGGGCGGACGUUGCGGGGCGCGGGGCGGCUGCGGGCGCCGCCUCCACCGAGCGCUCUCUCUCCGCGUCCUGCAGGCUGGCUUCCGGCGUCAUGGCUCAAAGGGCCUUCCCGAACCCCUACGCCGACUAUAACAAAUCUCUGGCCGAAGGCUACUUUGACUCAGCGGGGAGGCUGACUCCUGAGUUCUCACAGCGCUUGACCCAUAAGAUUCGAGAGCUCCUUCAGCAGAUGGAGAGAGGCCUGAAGUCAGCAGACCCUCGCGAUGGCACUGCUUACACGGGCUGGGCAGGCAUCGCUGUGCUGUACUUACACCUCCACGAUGUGUUUGGGGACCCUGCCUAUCUGCAGAUGGCACAGGGCUACGUGAAGCAGAGCCUGAACUGCCUGAGCAGGCGCUCCAUCACCUUCCUGUGUGGGGACGCGGGCCCCCUGGCGGUGGCCGCUGUGCUGCACCACAAGAUGAACAACGAGAAGCAGGCAGAGGACUGCAUCACAAGGCUGAUUCACCUAAAUAAGAUCGAUCCCCAUGCUCCGAAUGAAAUGCUAUAUGGACGAAUUGGCUAUAUCUAUGCUCUUCUUUUUGUCAAUAAAAACUUUGGAAUGGAAAAGAUUCCUCAAAGCCAUAUUCAGCAGAUUUGUGAAACAGUUUUAACCUCUGGAGAAAAUCUAGCUAGAAAGAGAAACUUCACGUCAAAGUCUCCACUGAUGUAUGAAUGGUACCAGGAAUAUUACGUAGGGGCUGCGCACGGCCUGGCAGGAAUUUAUUACUACCUGAUGCAGCCCAGCCUUCAAGUGAGCCAAGCGAAGUUACAUAGUGUGGUCAAGCCCAGUGUGGACUUCGUCUGCCAGCUGAAAUUCCCCUCUGGCAAUUACCCUCCCUGUCUUGAAGAUAAUCGAGAUCUCCUUGUGCACUGGUGCCACGGUGCCCCUGGGGUAAUCUACAUGCUUACCCAGGCCUAUAAGGUGUUCCGAGAGGAGAAGUACCUCAGCGAUGCCUACCAGUGUGCCGACGUGAUCUGGCAGUAUGGCUUGCUGAAGAAGGGCUAUGGGCUGUGCCACGGUGCUGCCGGGAACGCCUACGCCUUCCUGUCGCUCUACAACCUCACGCAGGACAGGAAGUACCUGUACAGGGCCUGUAAGUUUGCUGAAUGGUGCUUGGACUACGGAGAGCAUGGGUGCAGGACCCCGGAUACCCCUUUCUCCCUCUUCGAAGGAAUGGCAGGAACAAUAUACUUCCUGGCGGACCUGCUCGUGCCCCCCAAAGCCAAGUUCCCUGCAUUUGAACUGUGAGAGGAAUGCGCGGCUCGCACUUGGACCUUUUGCGUGUCCACACUGCUAUACUGGAGCUACCUUUCACAGACACAUAAAUUCCAGUCCUGCACUCGAUUUAGUUGAUUUCUUUUUUUUUUUUUUCCACUAUUUGUGUUAGUUCAGUUUUUUUUUAUUGUUUAUGUUUAUGUAUUCAAAAGUAUGCAGGGAAGUCUUAACUUUUGAGUUCUGAUUGGAAAGAUGGGUGAUGAGUACAAUAUUUUGAGGUCAUUUAUGUAUAUUUCAGAACUUGGAGGAAAUACUCUUAUUUAAAUUGAUAAAUAUAAGCAUUUACUUCUAUUCUAAAUAUGUUUAAAAGAAGCUAAGCAUAGAUAAGUAAACUUAAAUAUGUGAUUGCUGCUGAAUAUUGCCUUCCAGCCUCUGUACAGUGUUCUUCCUCUAAUAGGAAGGCAGCUUUAUGGCUUGCUUUUCUCUCUGUGGUUGAUCAUGGAAGGGGACAAAAGUAACACUGCUUCCAGGAGAAAAUUUGCUAGAGUUGUAAACUGGACUCAGGACCUUAAUAUAAUUUUUCAAAUUCCUGUUGCUUGCCUCUUCGUCAGAGAAGCAUCCAGAAGCUUCUGGAUGCCAGCGCGUUUUAAUAAAAAAUUAAAACAUA